AUGAGCGAGAGUAGUAAAAAGAAUCCCGCUGAUAAUUUAAAGGUAGGUUGGUAUGCUCUCUGUGACUAACACGCUUUUUAUGUUGUCCAAUGCUUUAUGAAACGAUAAUUAUUGUGAAAUUUUCAGGAAGCGUUUCAAAAACUCUCCAACGAGGUCAAACAGCUAGGAAUGGUUUUAGGAGUGAAAGAAGGUGAACAAGGACAAGUUAGUCAACCGGAGCCACCGAAAAAUGAGUUUGCUGUAAGUUAAAUUUUCAUUGAAUCUCAAAGAAAUUGGUAUUUUUAGAAAGAUAUGACACAAGAAGAGAAACAAAAACAACGCGCAGCCAAAGCUGCUGAAAAGAAAGCAAGAGCAGAAGCGGCUGCAGCCAAAAAAGCGGGAGGUGCUGCUGCUCCACAACAAAAUCAACAAAAAGCAAAGGAACCCGCUCCAAAGAAGGAACAAGUCGCUAAACCAGCUAAAGAACAAAAUCAACCAAAAUCUCAGCAACAACAACAAUCCGCGAAACCAAAAGAAGAGAAAAUCGUUAAUGAAAUCAAAAAUUUAACGAUUUCAAAGGAAAAAAGAGCCAAAAUCGGCUCUUAAAUCAACAAAAAAUCAAUCGAAUGGCGCACCAAAUCGUGAAGUUCAAUUCGAUCUUCAAUCCAAUACAACAAACGUAUUAAGGACAUCUGAAUCUGAAGAAGUUGUUGUAACUCCAGAUCCACCAAUUGUUCCAUUAGAAGAUGCUCAAUCGUUAGCAAAUAUUCAUCCAGCAUUUUUGACAUUAUAUUCGAGAUGUGAUAAAGAACUUAUUUUUGAUUUAGAACAACUUUGUCAAGAAUUCAUUAGAUCUUUCAAAUUGGUAAGUGGAUUUUUAUGAUUGCUGAAAAAAAAUAUUUUUUAAAUUUCAGUUUUUAUCGGGAUUUGCUUCACAUUCUGAGCCAUCAACGUUUUCAAAAGAGUUUGAUCAAGCAAUUCGCCCACAGUUAACAUAUUUAACACAUGGCGGACGUUGGCCACUUCCAUAUGCACUUGGAAAUAUUGUUCGACAAUUAAAAAGAGAAGUAUUAAAACUUGAUUCAACAUCACCAAUUUCUCAACAAAUCGAAGAUAUUCAUCAAUGGUUGGAAGAUGCUGAAUCUGUGAAUUUUGAAGAUGCUUAUAGAGGAAUUUUCGCGAGUAUUGAACCAAAACUUGCAAAAACAAAAUGUGUUUUGACUUAUGAUUGGUGUCCAGUUGUGAAUCAUGUUUUACUAGAAUCUGUGGAAAAACGACCAGAUCUUCGAGUUUGUUUUGUUGAUCCAGAAUUGAAUGGUCGAGCUGUGAAACAUGUUAAUAGUUUUGUUGAUAAAGGUUAUAAAUGCCAAUAUACUGAUUUGAAAUCUGUAGGAUAUGCGAUUAAACAAGUGAGUUUUUUGAUAUUUCUGACUUGGGGAAUAACCAUACAUAAAAUAGGUCCCUCGAGUCAGUUUUCAAAGUUAGGGUCCCUCCUUGAAAAUUUUCCAAAGUUAAACACCUUCCUCACAUUUUUGAGCGAAUUUUGGACAAAUCUGGGAAUUUUGGUAAAUUAUCAGCAGAAAAUUGGCCAAGUUAGGCACCCUUCCUUUCAGAUUUUUGAAAAAAGUUAAGCCCCUCACCCCGAUUCUGGGGACCCAUUUUAUGUAUGGGAAUAACAUCGAAAUGAAAGUAUUUGAAAAAAAAAUUAAAUAGGGAAAAAUUGACGUGGACUAGUUACAACGUUCUAACGUACGUUUUUUUGUGAAAAAUGUUUUUUUUUUAAUUUUUCAUUUACAGUUUUUGAGGAAUGACGAAAAUUUAGUAUUUUUCUCGAAAAUUUGUCAGUUUUUCUCUAACUCUAAAAUAAAAUUGUAAGAAAAUUUCGGAAAUUUUCUAUUAGCCACUAUUUUCUGAAAAUCUCUCACCUGGAAUUUCAGGUCUUGGGUGAAAAAUUUUAUAUCCCAAAUAAUUUAGAAUAAAGGGGGAAUCCUUCAACAUUUCAAAAUAAAUUCAAAAAUCGGAAAUUCUAACAUUUUUCCAUAUAAAACCCCUCUAUCCAAACGCCAACUUUUAAUUUUACAGUGUUCAAUGAUAGUUCUUGGAUGUUCAGCAAUCUUAUCAAAUGGUUGUGUGGCGACAACAAAAGGAUCGAUACAAAUCGCUCUAACAGCCAAGGCAUACAACGUGCCAGUCCUUGUAGUCUCGCAAUAUUUCAAAUUCGUUGAUAAGGUAACUAAUUGGUUCGAUUUGGGAAGAGAAACCUUCUUUGCACAUGUUUGAAUCACAUGGUUGAUAAGAUUAUUAUCGCGCGCGCACGGUUUUGAAUUCCAACAAAAUUGUUCUUUGUUGAUGAAUGUGAAAGAAGGAACAAUUUUGUUUGUUUCGAUGGUUUCGAGAAUUUGACCUUGAAAUUGGACCAUUCAGAUCAAACUAUUAUUUUUUGCAGGUCCAAUCAUACACUCGAAUGGCUUUACUUGGACGUGAAAAUAUCGAACUUCUUCCCUCAACUUUGGUCACCGCAAUUGUAACUGAUAUUCGAAUUCUUGCGCCAACCGCAGCUCCAGCAGUUUUGAAAGCAAAAGCAUUAGAUUUGGAUUAA